AUUUGGGUAUUUUUGGUUAUUUUUUUGCCGGACAAAAACGGAAUUUAAGGUUGCGCGAGUAAUAGGGACAUGUUUAAACUGAGGUACAACAACCGGAUGCUUUCAAAAUAAAAGUAUAUCCUCCAUCGGCGUCGACAGACCAGGAAACGGCGUUUAUUGUGAAAUAUCAACAAUAUAUGUUUCUUUAAAGGGUCGCGGGGGGUGCUGGAGCCUAUCUCAGCUGCAUUCGGUCGGAAGGCAGGGUAAACCCUGGACAAGUCGCACCUCAUCGCAGAGCCAACACAGAUAAACAGACAACAUUCACACUCACAUUCACACACUAGGGGCAAUUUAGUGUUGCCGAUCAACCUAUCCCCAGGUGCGUGUCUUUGAAGGUGGGAGGAAGCCGGCGUACCCGGAGGGAACCCAUGCAGUCACGGGGAGAACAUGCAAACUCCACACAGAAAGACCUCGAGCUCAGGAUCGAAUCCAGGACCUUCGUAAUCUGAGGCACCCACAUCAGUGAUUAGUGAAGAUGGCCACAUUAGUGGCCUAUGAGGACUCUGAGUCUGAGGAUGAGUCCAACAAUCAAAAGGGAUCAGGUUUUGUCCAGGAAAAAUAUUGCGGACAGGAAAACCAACAAACGAGAAGAUGCCCUAUAUUAGAGGUGUCUCCAAACUCCGAGAGGACAGCGUUGGAUUAUCACCAGCACAUGUUCGAAAAAGACAAUUCCGUUUUACUGAAGCCGAAUUGUUCACCUUCAACCCGGCAGAAGACUUUUGGACCGACAACUCCUCAUUACACGAUGCAAAGUUGUUCUGCCAUGUCCAAAAGACCUUCCACAGUCCCAUCUGGUGUCAGACCCUACAUCCCCAAGAGGCAAAGGCUUGUCAUCUCUGCAGGGAUAGAAAAUAAUUUGACAGAAGGGGUCCCCAGCAAAGAUGUCCAAAUUCUCUCUGAAGUGUCUGCGAAGGUGAAGCUGCAUCUUUCCCAAAAGUCUGCCGCUGGGAUACCGAGAAGGCUUCUUCUCAGCCUUGAAGGUCACCAGGGUCCUGUCAACACAGUGCAAUGGUGUCCAGUUCCUCAGAUGAGUCAUCUACUGCUGUCUGCCUCCAUGGACAAGACAUUCAAGGUGUGGGAUGGAGCGGAGAGCGGACGAUGCCUGAAGGUUUACACCUGCCACUCUGGAGCUGUGCGAGAUGCCUGUUGGACCCCCUGCGGGCGUCAGCUUCUUACCGGCUCGUUUGACAACACAGCCGUGGUCACAGACGUGGAGACAGGUCAGCAGAUAGUGAGAUCAGAUAACCAGUUCAAGGUGAUGUGUGUGGCCUCGCAUCCCAGCAAUCCGGAGGUGUUCCUGUGCGGAGGUUACAGUUCAGUGGUCAAGGCGUGGGACUCUCGUAGCUGCAAGGUAGUGAAAGUGUACAAAGCGGGGAUCCAGCAGACGUUAGACAUUCUCUUCCUGAGAGGUGGUUUGGACCUUAUCACAAGCUCAGACUGUGUCAGCAGAGACUCUGCAGACCGCACCCUCAUCGCCUGGGACUUCCAGACCACAGCCAAGGUCUCCAACCAGAUCUACCAUGAGAGGUACACCUGCCCCAGCCUGGCUCUUCACCCGCAGGAGGACUCAUUUGUGGCCCAGACCAAUGGCAACUAUAUGGGCGUUUUUUCCUCCCAGCGGCCCUAUAGAAUGAACAAGAGACGCCGCUACGAAGGACACAAGGUGGAAGGAUAUGCGGUGCAGUGUGAGUUUUCUCAAGAUGGAACAAUUUUAGCAUCCGGCAGCUCCACCGGCUUGGCCCACUUCUACGACUACCACAAUGCCCGCCCACUUACCGCUUUCCAAGCCCACAGCCAACCGUGCCUGUGCGUUUCUCAGCAUUGUGUCCUGCCGGCGACCGCGGCUACUUGCGACUGGGGUGGAGCGAUCAAGGUCUGGCACUGAGGUGCAUGUCUUUGGAGGUGGGAGGAAGCCGGAGAACCCGGAGGGAACCCACGCAGUCACGGGGAGAACAUGCAAACUCCACACAGAAAGAUCCCGAGCCCGGGAUUGAACCCCAGACUACUCAGGACCUUCUUAUUGUGAGGCAGAUGCACUAACCCCUCUUCCACCGUGCUGCCCACUGUAAGUAUAUACCGUAUGUAAUGUAGUAACAGGUAAUAUUUACGAAUUUUGCUCAUUUUAAGCAUAUGGCGCAUCCCAAAGUUCACUAUUUCCUUCAACAAUAACGCUACUAUUCAUGGGACUGCCUUGGGACAAAUUAUGACCCAGAUCCUUACAUUUUUGAGCCUGCAUAUAAGGAGGAUGAGCUACAAGUUUUAGAAGCUGACUGCUAAGCAGAUCCAGCAAUGAGCACUAUUGCUAAGUGCUAAACAAGAAAUACAAACUACAAACAUAACAAAUCACUUGCUGUACAAUGUCCGCUCUUACCGGGAUGCCGACUGAAUCUAUGCAAGAUUUUGCAUAGAUUAAUAAUCCGGUGCGCCAUAUAUAUGAAAAAAGAUCAAUAAUAGACCAUUCAUCGGCAGUGCGUCCUAUGGUCCGGAAAAUACGGUAAUUUUCUUACAAAAAUAUCAGGAAUAUAGGAAACUUCAUCUGCAGUGUCCAGUAUUUAUUUCACAGUCACACAGUCACGGCAUUGAUUUCAACUCACAAAAUCGUUUCGGAUCGUAUCGAUCUAAAUAAAUUAACAUCGUCCCUGAAUUUUAUCCGCAACCUCAAAUUAUGAUUCCAAUCAAAUCCUUGUUAAGACGAAUCGUUACACCCCUACGCCAAUAGUUAGCCUUGUCAUACCAAAUCAGGGAAAUUGCCGAAAGGGUCACGGUGGACCAAUUAAAUUGUUCACAUCAAAUCAAACGCGUUGUGCACUCACCUUCACCUUGGAGAAGACGCGAUGAAAUUCUAACAACCCACCAACAGUGAUUAACCCGGCCAUCAAAAAAAGGAACCUGCCGAUCUUUACUGUUUUUAUAUGUGCACCUGCAGUUAAUAGACGUGUAAAAAAUUACAUUUGUCAAAGUCAAGUGGGUGCGGCCUAAAAAAAGGUGUACUCUAUAGCCCGGAAAUGACGGUAUGUGUCUCUACUUAAGGUUAUUUUUUUCUUCCAUUGCAGCUCCUUUAGGACCUCCAUCGUUUGUUCUGCUUUAGAAAGUAAUUCAUUCUCGCUCGGUUCACACAGUCUGGGCCAGCUGGUGUUUCUCGGGGGAUUUGCACUACUUUGCCCCUCUAAUGAACUUGUCAGAAAACUGCAGAACACCACAUCCAUUCAUUUAUUUGUGCCACCGUGUUUCCCAAAGCUAUUCCGCUUUUUGCCCGGGCUUUGGCCUUGCUGUUUACUUGCCACCACACAAAGAAUAAAAGUAUCUAUAUUCAUAUAGAACUGGAUCUUUUCAUGCAUUUCAUCCGGUAUUUUUUUGGAAUUGUAUACUGUUUCUUAACAUUUAUUUUACUGUUACAACUAUUUGCCAAAACCAACUUUUUCUUUAUGGCUAUUAAAUUUGGCAGUUGGAUGUUCCUUUUCCAGUUCUUUCAUCCUCCGGUGCCUUCUCAAGCAAAAAACUCUCAUUUCCUCCCUCACUCUGUGUCCCUUCUUCCUCAGUCUACAGUACCAUCAAAGACAUAUCAGUUCCAGAGGGUGCGUCUUAGAUUCAGAUUAAACGAGAGCUGCUGGGCUCCAGCUGGGAAUACGAAAAAAAAAAAAAAAAGAUAAAUUACUGACUUGGCUUUGUUAGAAAAUAGAAGCUCGCCUUGACAUAAAAUAACCUGCAUCUCGUAAAUGGAGGCUAUUUUUAGCAGCUGCCAAUUCCCAGAAGGAGUACAGAUGGAAAGUAGGUGAGGAUGCUUGGAUGUAGCAAGCUCAGCAUCGGCUGUUAUCUGAGGCAAAUCUUAAUUAGCAGUACCGCCACCACCACUACAUUCUGUUUGCUUUUAAUCCGUCCAACGGCAUACACUUCAACUUCUCUUGUUCCACUUAUUGCUGUUAAUGGUUUAAUGCCUCGCCAUAAAAGUGACACUCAUUAUAUUAUGCCUUCCAGCAAUUUCCCUGCUUUUCUCUGGGAGUUAUUAGUCUGGGAUUCUGCCCACUACGCACACGGCAUUUUGGAAGAAAUUCGCUUUGGAACAUUAUCGCUAUUCAGAAUGACGUCCGUAACCUGAAACGGAAGAUGAAACGCAUUUUUCCUAGUUUUUAUCGUGGUUCAACUAUAGUGCAGUCGAAAGUUCAAUCACAAAAAGAGCAGCCUUGUUGGAUGCUGGGUGUUUGAUGCUACCCUCCAAGGGAGUUUCGCUGCGUAUGUCACUCUUGAUGUGUCAGGUGGUGAGAUGUUCAGCGGUUCAAAUGUGUCGGACUAAAUGGGUGCACAACAGUAUAGUGCUUCACAUUAAGGCUGGGCGAUAUGGCCUUUUAUUAAUAUCUCGAAAUUUUUAGGCCAUACAUAUCUCGAUAUAUGUAUGGCCUAAAAAUUUCGAGAUAUUAAUAAUGAAACACCGGCUGUGUUAUCCGGCA